CCUAUUCGGCACUGUUACUUUCUGAUUGGUAGAGAACAUUUACAUCUUUCUUAACCUAUUAUUUAGUGUUUUUGAGUGUGGUGGAGUCUCAACACGUGGACGUGAUAGCUUUGUCGACCUUACUUUUUAGUUAAUUUUGCCAUCAGGAGAUUGAUUUGCUAUUGGCAUACCUAGGCCUAUACCCAAGAUGAGUUCCAGUACAUGCUAUCGGUGUAACCGUCCAGGACACUUUGCUAGGGAAUGUUCUCAGCAAGGUCAAGGAUUUGACCGUGGAAGUGGUGGAGGUGGAGGUGGUGGUGGUGGAGGAGGCUAUGGAAGAGGAAGAGAGAAGUGCUAUAAGUGCAAUCGAUUUGGACAUUUUGCUCGAGAAUGUAAGGAAGACCAGGACAGGUGUUACCGAUGUAAUGGAGUUGGCCAUAUAGCCAAAGACUGUCACCAAGCAGCUGAUGAACCUUCUUGUUACAAUUGUAAUAAAUCUGGCCACAUUGCUCGAGAAUGCCCCGAGUCAGGUUCACGCGGAGGUGGUGGAGGAGGCGGAGGAGGUUCCUAUUCGACUUGCUACAACUGUAAUAAGUCUGGCCAUCUAGCCCGAGAAUGCCCUGAAGGAGGGAGGACCUGUUACAUCUGCGGUAAGACUGGUCACAUAUCUCGUGAUUGCUCAAAGGAUGAUUAACUUAAGUCCCUUUCAUUGUGUUUAAAGUUUAUACAUAUUUUUUUGUAAUGGGAGGUUUAAUUUCUUGGUUUGGAAGUCUUAGGCUACUGGUAGCAUAUAUAUAUAUAUAUAGGGCCUAUAUAUAUAUAAUAUAUAGCCUAAAUGGAGAGAGAGAGAGAGAUAUUUUGUUACAUUUGAAUAAACAUUGAGACUUUCUCAGGUUAUGUAAUGCUAUCAGGUAAUAAAGUAGGCUACAUUGUUUUAGUUCAGUUACUUAGUCUUGUUAUUUUUAAACAUUGGGUCAAACCAUGACGCAAAAACAGUUGCAUAAAGGCAGAGGUCAUGCUUCAGAUUACACACUGUAACUCAAUAGGCUAACUUAGCUCUUUAUUCAUUCUUUCAAGAUAACAGUAACUUAAUCCCUGACAAUUCGGAUCCAGUAACUUAAUCUGUUUUGAUCCCCUCCCUCAAAAAGUAAUAAAAUCAUAGCCUGACUUAGCUUACGUAAACUUACGUUAGCCUAUUUAAAAUCAAUUUAAAGUAGGCCUACAACAGAACAAUAGUAUGCAUUAAACUGCCCUUUAAUAUGAAAUCACAUAGGCCUACUGUAUACCAGCGGUUCCCAGGUGGGUCGCUGGAUUGAUUUUGGUGAGUCGUGGAAAGGGAUAAAACUUUGAACAUAUAUUCUUCAACCUGGACCCUUAAGAAUUGGGUACGCUUAGGCUUAAACCAUUUUCACUGCCCGUGGGGACACAAGAGCACCAGAAAAGUGAAUUUGUAAGUGCAGUAGGCCUAGCCUAGAUUCAAAUUAAUUUGUUACCUACACAUUCAAAAUUCAACAAUAAGAUAGGGGACUUAAUUAAAGUGAUGAGGGCAACUAUGCCCAAAUUGCGGAUUUUAAUUGGGCUUAAAACUUAAAGCAAAUUUUCAUUCAGUCUAAGUAUAGCCUAUACCACAUAUGAUUAUAAUUAGGCUAUUAGUCAUCAUAAAGUGAAAAAAUUAUCAAUUUAUUUAGCAAAAAAAGUCCAAGAUGAUGGUGUGUUGCUUGACUAAAAAGUUAAGGAACCACUGUGCUAUACAAAAUUUACUGUAGUGCCUAUGUCGAAUCCACUAUCGGUCACACUAAUUUAAAUGGUCACUCGAUGUUCCGGCAUAUUCCUAAAUCCAGCCUACUGGCCGCCCGUUUAAGCCACAUUGUUGAGGGACUACUAUAUUAAAUUAUGACUAAAACACUGUUUAGAAACUUAAGAGAGCUUGUUAAACGUUGAACUAGGCCUAUGCCAAUGCUAUAUGCAACCAUUUUUAAUGGUAGGUAAUUCGUAAUCAUUGGGAUGUAGCUCAGUUAAGAUAGGCCUGGUUGUUAAAAUUUUUGUCUCAUUAAAAUACUAUGUGGCAAGAAGCCUUUCAAGUUCAAACUAGUAAAAUAUAAUUCAAAGACUUGCCAAAAUUAUAGUGAGCCAAGGGUACCUUAAAUCUGAAAAUAUGCAAGAAGAGCUAUAGCAUACAUGUUAGAGAAAUAACCUCUAUGGUGGAUUAGUGUCACAAUUUACAAGCUUUAAGCCAUGGUCAGUUCUCAGAUUCUGAUACCAUAACACAAUUAUUGCAGUAAAUUCAACGAAUAAACUGAUUUGUAACUUAAAAGGCCUAACUUAUGUUAGUUUCUUCCAAUGGUUAAGACAGGAACCUGUGUAGCUCAAUAUCUAGAAUUAAUUGCGGCUCAGGAAUAUAGCCAUAAUUUUGUUUUUUUGUCUAUAAAUAAAAUUCAUAAAUUGUGAUACUAA